AUGUCAUCAGACACUUCUUUGUUACAUUUACUCAGCAAAUUUUGUUGUUGUAAAGACAAUGGGAAUGAUCGAGAACGUCUUGUAAAUAACAGAGGAGCAGUUAUUGAAGAUGCCUAUCACAUACCUAACGGGAAUGGAAGUGGACAAGUGACAGAUUACGUGACAAAUAGUCUACGACCUUUUGCUUCUGACAGAAAUAUGAAUAUAGCUCCCGAAUUGCAAACGGCACGUAGUCGGGAGGAAGAAGAGGAGGAAUUAAUGAAUAGAAUUUUGGAUAGAACACAGCAGAGUAUAAUUGACGUUACAAAUCUUGAGAACAAUUCUCUUGAUAUUGAUAUGAUACAACGCUCAAGACUUUAUGUGGAAGCUGUGAAGCGACACGAUGCCCUUUUGGAACGUAAAAAAGCACCACCAACAACCACGGAUUUUUCUGAUGCUCACCACAAUCACCACCUUGUAUCUCCUCUCUCCGGACUUUUAACAAAUUUAAAUAAUAAUUCAACAAAAACAUUUUUGGACUCUACCCAAUGUUCUCAAUGUAAUCAAGAAGAAUUAAAUUUAUUAAAUAAAGCAACAGAAUUAUUUAUGGAUGCACACAAUUUGGGGACACAAAUUGAAUGUAAAGAAGAAUUAAUUGUUUAUAUGUCUUUGGAUGAUGAUGAUUAGAGAAUUUUAAAAAUUAAAAAAAAUUUUUUUAAUCAAAAAUAUUUUUAUUUAAAUAUUUUUUUGCGCAUAUAAGGUUUGUGAAAAAUUUUUUUUGUAUUUUUAAAGAGUCAAUCGGACCAUGCCGAAACUCGAUACCAUGGGGAUGGAUCGGAAUGAAAAAAAGUCGAGUUAGUUUUCGGAUCACAUUUUCAAAAUUUUCUUAGGAUUGGGGUCGUGCUGAAAAAAGUCUUCUGUGGGUUUGGUAGGGUUUAACAAAGGUAACCCAACCCUUCCCUACUAGAUAACUAUCUCAAUUCAAGAGACAUUUUUUAAGUUUAUUGCUACGGUAUGGAAAGACGGGAUACUUCGAAAUAAAAAAACCUCGUUCAUUUAUAAGAUACGAUUUUCUGAGC